AUGGCUGAUGAUAGAAGCAUAAACCCAAAAAUCCCAUUAAUCAAUGACAGCAACAAGAGACAUUCUCAUGGAUUUAUGUCAAUUCUGUCUCUCUUGGUUAAUUACUUACAAUCCGAUAUGGCCAAAAGGCCAAGGUCUUUUCGUAUUGGAGUCUGCUCAGUCUUCAUUGUUGUUACUUUUUUAAGGUAAGCCUCAUUUAGCCUUCUCCUAAGUUUGAUUUUGAUAGGGACAGUUAUUUAUCUCAAAGUAGCUGAAAAUGAAGUCGGAGAAGCUGACAUCAUUUUGAUACCGACACCUGCUGCUAAUGACACCCGUACCUUAAAUACAACGAAUGUAGAUUCUAAUAACCUGCAGAAUUCUUAUAGACUUAUCAAUUAUAGAGAGAUGGAGCCUUAUUUGGAACAAGUUGAUACCUUGUCUGGGUAUGCUCCUAGAUGGACUCUGAAAGCUGAAGUGUACAAUCCCGAUGAUCCUGAAGAAGCUAAAUUCAAUACAAGUAGCUAUACUUUUUGGCUUAUUUUUGGCUUUAUUAUAUAAUAAUCUCCAUAUAUUUUUAUUAAAUUUACCAUAUUAUACAUCAUUAUUGCUGUAAAAUCCAUUUAGGACACAAAGCUAGAAAGAGAUAUUGGCCUUGGCCGAAGUUUUAGUAAAGUCGUUCUUGGUUAUGGAGAAGCUUUUGCAACGUCUUCAAUUUUGACUGUCUUAGGUAUAACUGCGUCUCAAGGUCAAAGGCUAAUUAUCCACUUUGACUUCCUCAGUUCCUUAGCUGACGCAGGGAUUAUUUCUGACAAUUCGACAAGAGCUGACAUAGCUACUCAGCUUUUGGAGAGUUUUGGUCUUCUUAAUAAUACUGACACGAAUUAUACGAUAAAUCCUAACGACGUCUUAGGAAAUACAAACCCUGACUUAAAUGUAACGGGUCUUCCCAAUAUUACCGUUUCGUCCAAUACUACAAAUCAGAUCCUUAUAGAUGCGGUAGCUAAUUUAACUGUAAUUGAUAUCCCAUUUACAGUGGUAGAAUCUAUAGAAAGCCCUGACUUCCCCCCCUUUAAAUUGGAACUAAAAAUUUUGUUCCAAUUUAGGUUAAUUUUUUUUUUUAAAAAAAAUAUCAAUAUAAAAUUUUUUUAUAAAAUAUAUAAAAAUUAAAACAAAAAAUUUAAAAAACUUAUCGAAUUAGAUUAAUAAAUUUGUUUAAUAAAAUGCUAUUUACUCUUUAUGCUUUAAAACAAAGCAAGAUAUAACUAAAUUUUCAUUAUUAGUUAAUACGCCACUAUUAAUUGGUAUCAAAAUUAUCUACAUAAAAAUUAUUAUUUUUAUUGAUAAAAAAAAAUUAAAAAAAAAAAAUUUAGAAAAAUUUAUCGAUCAAAGCGCUAAUUUUGUUUAAAUAAGAUGUUAUUUAUACUCUAUUCUUUAAAAUAAAGCAAGAAAUAAGUAAAUUUUGAAAUUUUUUAUAAGAAUUCCUAUUGAAUUUAUAUCAAAACUAUCCAAAUAAAAAAUAUCGUUUUUAUCAAAAAAAACACAAAAUUGUUUUGAAAAUUUUUAAAAAAACAAAUUAAUUUUUUUUUAAAAUUUAGCAAUUGAGGAUAAUAAAUUUAUUUAAAUAGAUGCUCUUUAUACUUUUUUCUUUAAAAAAGAGCAAGAUAUAACUAAAUUUUUAAUUUUAGUUAAGAAGAAACAUUUAACUUAUAUCAAAACUUUUUAGAUAAAAAAGUAUUAUAAUGUUUUAUUAUAAAAUUAAAUUUUGUUCCAAUUUAAAGGGGGUUUAAUUUACCCAAAAAAGUGGAAAUUUUACCGAUAUUUUGUUUCCAAUUUAAAGGGGGGGAGUGAAGGAAAAUGGACUGCAGCCCUUGGAAAUGUAGUUUUGGUAGACGCAAAAUACAUAAAAGACGAAAUAGUUUCAACAGUCAAAGGAGCUUUGACACAGUCUCUUAGCGUCCUAAAUAACCAAACAACUGUAGAUAACUUAAUCAACAGCUUAGAAAGCAUUGACAUUUUCGAAUACACGCUAUAUGUCAAUAUAAUAGUAAAGGACAGAAUAGAUAUAUAUACAAAUGACGUAAACCAUAUGAAAAUCAGCUUUACCCAUAUAACGAACCAGAUUUAUAAUAAGCUUGGAUAUGGGCAUCCUACAGAGCCACAGCUGCUUUUGGCCCAGAAUAUGGAAGGGAUCCAGAUCAUGAAGGCGUUUCUUGACAAUGUCUUUAUGUCAGUCAUUGUGUUUUUGGUUAUUUUGUCAUUUAUUUUGAUAUAUUCGCUGAUGCUGGGAAAUGUGGAGGAAAAAACUUAUGAGUAUGGGAUGCUGAGGAGUCUUGGAAUGAAAUAUAAAACAUUGACGGAGUACUUACUCUUGCAGUGUUCAAGCUUUUCAUUUCCUGGACUUGUUAUGGGACUGUUUUUAAGCUUCUUGUUGAACAUUUUGGGAGCUUAUGCUAUUGGCAGAUAUACUGCGCUUAAUGUAAGUAUCAUUCUACAUCCUUAUGCGUGGAUGACUGGGAUUUUAAUAGGGACACUUUUGCCGUUGUUUUCUGUGUAUGUUCCGAUCAAAAGAGCUUUAUCAGCAACACUAAGGGAUUCUCUUGACUUGUAUCAUCAUGUAAUCACAUCUCUUACUGUUACAAUUUUAAAGCUCGAAAAAAUGGGGCUUUCCCCACCAUUAUUGGCUGUUUCUUUUGUAUUAAUUUUUAUGGGUUUUUUAACCUAUUAUUUAGUUCCAUACGCAUUCUUGAUGCAGAAAUACGAAGUUUUCCUAUUUUUAUUAAAUAUCAUCUUGCUGUUUAUGAUAGUUGGCCUUACAUUCCUAGUCCAUUUACUCCAGCCCUAUCUUGAGCAGCUUAACGCUACCAUUGUUUUAUAUUUAUCAUAUUACGAUCGAAGGUUAGGACCACUUGUCAAGAAAAACUUAGUCGGUCAUUCUUCUAGAAACUGGAAAAGUUCCCUUAUGGUCAGCAUGUCCUUAAGCUUUAUCAUAUUCGCCGGUGUCUCAUUCAACUUAGAAGGCUCAAUCACCACAAAACUAUUAUACAAUUCAUUUGGCGGCGAUUUAUACAUAUACCAGCCUACAAGUAAAGAUACAGGCCUCGCUGAAGGUGAUAUAAGAAAUUGGCUUGACAAUAUAUACGGAAAAAAUCACAGUGACAAUAUCAAAGGCUAUACAUUUGCCAGUGGGCCUUUAGAUAAUUUGCCUGAUAUCGGCUCUACAGCUAUUUCCAAUAUUUGUGGCGACCCUUCACAGUCUACUAAUAUUAUAGGUGUUGAGGAGCAUUAUUUAGACGCUAUUUAUACAGAAUAUUAUAUUCCAACAGAAAAAGACAGCGACGUAGAUUUCCCUGAUAUUUCAGAAAACCAGCCAGAUUUAAUAUAUGGUCUAUAUACAGAUGAAGGCCUUGUCUCAUAUAACGGUGACUGGGAUUAUUAUGGAAUUACUUCAGAAAAGCUGCAUACAACCUAUAAAGAGCCUAGCUCAAAUCUCCCAAUAAAAGCUGUAAUUGCUGAAGGUAUGAGAGACCCAAUGUCAAUGAAUACUGACACCGCAAUCCGCUUCAAAGUCACCAAUCAUGACACAGACGUCGACAGUCUUUUCAGAGGCAGAGUCAGAGGAAUGGCCACAAAAAUCCCUGGGUUUUAUUUUUCUUCAUACUCCUAUAUAGCCUACUCCUCCACCACUUUUGUGUCUAUGGACGACUACAAAACAAUGGUAGAUGCUGUAUAUAAUGGAAAUUGGCCUAGUGUUUUGACGGCAGGUCAACCUGAAGGCACAACUUUAAAUAUCCCGAAAUACUAUUUAAUUGUGAAGCUCAAGUCUGGAUUAGUAAAAGCUGACCGAGAUGUAGUAGCCAAUGGGAUCAGGACGUUCUUUACAAAUGAUGAAACCACCCUGAUAAAUGUAGGAGAUUUGGUUGAGGUCGCUAAUCAGACUGUUAUGAUAAUGCAAGCAUUUUUUAUUGUCACAGGAAUUGUGGCACUUGUCCUGGCGUUUUUCUUGCUAUGGACGAAUUUUUCUGCAAAUGUGAGAGAAAACUCGUGGGAGUAUGGGGUGCUAAGGUCGCUAGGACUGACUGGAAAAGAAUGCACGAGGCUUUAUAUAUAUGAGUCAACUCUGCUUACUUUUAGUGCUGUUGUGUUAGGGACAACAGUUGGGAUAUCAAUUGCAGUGCUUUUGUCAGCGCAGUUUAAUUUGUUCACUGAGAUGCCGCUUGAUAUUGAGUUUCCGUUUGCUAUGUUUUUCAUUAUGGUGUUUAUAGCGCUUCUUGCAGCUGUUGGUGGAAGCUAUUAUCCUGCCAAAGAUAUAGAAAAGUUUGAAAUUUCUAGGAUAGUAAGAGGAAUCAAUUUAUAA